GCAUUUUCCAAUGGUUUCGUGGCAUCGUUGCUGGGCCCUGUUGGCCCUGUUGGCCUUCAACCCCUUGGGCCGCGCCAUGGGGGAGUCUCCCUGGCGAGAAUGGGCACGAGAGGUCUUCGUGGAUUUCAUUGAGGGCAUAGGAUGCCAAGACUGCUCUCAGCUGCUGGAUCAAGAAACUGAGAUGCAAUUCACCCUGUCCAGCAACAUCUUCGGCUGUGCUGACAUCGACGUGCUGUUGCCCUCGCUGCACUGGCUCUACGAGUCCCGACGUUUCCACGACGAAGCGCCGUCAUCGUCGCUGCCAGGGCUGCUGGUGGAUGGUGGCGCAAAUGUGGGCCGCGCUACAGCGCGGUGGAUCUCCAGCUUCGGGGACAGUUUCAGUCGUCAGAUCUCCUCGAAUCCCUCCGUGGCGCCCUGCGUGGUCUGCAACGGCCAAAGUGCCUCCCAGAAGCAGAUCCCAGGCCUUGCCCCCACGCCCAACGUGGCGGUGGUGGCAGUGGAGCCAAGUGACAGCAACUUCCAAUUGCUGCUGCGGCAUAGCAAGGAACAUGGAUGGGAACAUGAAGCCUUCCUGCCACUGAAGGCAGCGUUGGGUGGUGCCCGUGGUUUGGGGCACCUGGCGGUGAGCGACUUUGCCAUCGACGAAGUCGCCACCUUGCUGUGGGAGGAGAACGAUCCAAGGAGGAAACAGGAGGUGGAGGUGAUCACCCUGGCGGAAGUGGUCCAGGCGGCCCAAAAGGCCUUCCCGGACCUUGCUGGGAACGACAAGAUCUUCCUCUUGAAGCUGGACAUUGAAGGCCUCGAGCCUGCGGUCCUGCGGUCUUUAGGGCAAGGUCCACCCGUGAAGUUUGUGAGCUUUGAGUAUGCUGGAAACGUUUGGAAGGAUCGACUGUCUCCUGUACUGCAGGACCUCUACGCUGCAGGAUAUUUCUGCUUCCUGAUCACCUCGGAACAGCUCUUCCCGGUCUCGGGGCCCUUUUGGAGCAACAUCUACGAGCUGCCCAUGUGGAGCAACUUCUUCUGUGGCCAGGAAGGUGACUCCGACUUGGAAUCCCUGGUCCAGCUGCAUGUGGGCGCCAUCGGUCUGUGGCCGCGCAUGGCCCACAGCUAUCUGCCGGAGCUGGCAGAGGAUGAUACGCAGAGGAGUUUCUUGGAGGCCCAGCACCGCUGCACCGACCUCGGCGCCGCCUGCGCCGGCAUCACCUGCGAGGCGAGCGCGGCCUCGUCGAAGGUGGCGCCGACGAAGUGCACGGCGCGGCGUGGGGCGCGGGGCGGGGUGAGGAGAUCGCCCAGGGAAGAGGUGAGUUACGUGAAGGAGGUGUCCUAUAGCAACCUUUAUCUCAGAUAUAUGCGUGAAAAGGAUCACCAAAGGACGUGAUCACGUCAUGGCGCUACGCGAAAACUGGGGUGAAGCAAUGGCUGUGGGCUAUGG